UGUUUCUUACAUAUCACUCCACUAAAAAUAAAAUUUAUAAUUCAUACAUUUUAAUGUCAAAAGUUUACAUUUAGCAAAAAAAAAAAUUCAAAAGUUUACCGCUAAAAUUUCUCGAAGAUUUCCACUUACAAAAAUUAAAAGUAGCUAAUUUAAGAUAUAAAAAAUAUUAAAAUGCCACAGAGUCAUUUUGUAUAAUCUAUUAUAUAAUGGGGCAGUUGAGGCUCUCCCUUGCUGCCACAUCAGCGUUUUUGUGGGCCCCACUCACCUUUAUUUAUUUUAUUUUUUUCUGAAAACGUGUUUCUUAUAGGUUCAUUAUGGUUUUAAUGGGCUUCGACUUCCUGGGCUUCGACUUUGGCGACUUUGGUGUGCGCCGUCAGAAAUCAGGUCACCCGUUGCCUUCUUUGUCAUCCUUCUUUUCAGUCGAUUCCUCUUCCGACAUUUGGUUUUAUUUCUCGAUCUUAGUGACUCUACGCCCGAUCUCUGCCGACGUCGCGAUUUCUCUUCCUCUAACGGAUUCUCCAUCCUCCUAUAUAUCCAUGUCGUCUAUGGUGCUCACACUGCCGUCGCCUACUCCACAUUCAACACUCUUCGUCUAGGCAGAUCUGCUCAGACCGUCGGUCGUCUCAUCGGAUUCUGGGACGGAGAGUUUAUGAGGAUAACGCUUCUCCUCCUCGAUGAACAGAUGCUGUGAGUGAAAUACACUCUGUGCAGGGGUCCGAUCUCAAGAACAAUGCAGCUACCACCAGAACGGAAUGUAACUGUCUACCUAUCUUUUUUUGGGAGACGAGAUCGGUGUGAGGAAUGUGCUGCAGCAGAUGGUCCGGAGAUUUCAGACGCUCAGAAGAAACGCAAGCUCCCCCGUGUGUGGGCGGAAAUAACAAAUCCUAUCGGCCCGUCAAGCGUCUUAUCUAUCUUUUUUUUAAACUGCUACUAGCUUUGUUUCCCAUUAUCAACUUUUUAUGGUUUUCCUUCUUCAUUUUUCCUCUGUUCGGAUAAAUUAUCUCUGUUUCAGAAUAUUAGUGAAUCUUUGACGGGUUUUACUAGAUUAUAAACUUAGCAAUGAUUUAUUAUUUUACUUUUAAAUUUAAUCCACUGUAAAAGGAAUGCUUGAUACGCACGGGUUGCUGCUAUUGAAACUCCUGACUAAUGAUUAACUGCAGAGUAUAUGCUUUAAAGACUAAAUGCCUGCUCUGUUUUGUUUAGCGAUUCUCAAAGACAAGGUCAGUGAAGAUGACGUAGGGUUAUGUAUGUUUUUUAAAACUGCUACUAGCUUUGCUUCCCAUCAAAAACUGUGGAUGUUUAUCCUUUAUCGUCGGAUAUUUUAUCUCUGUUUCUGAAUAUUACAGAAACUUUGACGGGUUUUACUUGAAUCUAAGCUUAGUAGUGGUCUUUUAUUUUAUUUUUAAAAUGUAUUCAAGAUAGAUAAAAUUGUCGGUAUAAACUUCUAAAAGGUAAUGCUUCGUACGUACGGCUUACUGCUUUAAAAACUAUCACCAAAUGGAAAAAUGAAGAGUAAUUCUUUGAAGAGUAAGUAGUUUUCUGAUCUGUUGUUGCGAUUUCAAAUGUGGUUGAUUUUGAUUACAAACAUGAGAUACUCAUUCAUUAGUACAAACACAGACACUAGAAGCACGUAACACUGAAUUUACUACUACACCCAAUUUUAAAACUUUUUUUUUUUGCUAAAACCAAUUUUUAAACUUAAGAUCUAAAAAUAUCAACACAUAUAAACAAACAAUUAAAUACUGAAAAAUUUAACUACUGAAAAUAACAAUUAAACAUAAUCAAAAACAGGAAAUAAAUAACAAACCGUUAACUCCAAAAACUACUGCCUCUAAAUAAUUGGUCCUUAACAAAAACGUAAUUUUUUUUUUGGAAAAUAACUCCAAAUACCAACCGUCAAUAGAACAUAUCUAUAACACCAUAUCCUUUCACAAAUAACACAGACAUAUUAACGAGCCACUUCUUUCUUAUCAUCUCUCACACCAAACAAAAUCUUGGAGCAAGUCCACAACAUUCCUUAAUCAAGAGACUAACCCAUAUUUGACUAACUUUAAUAAGAGAGCACAACAAUAUCUUCUCUACUAAUCUUCAAGUUACUUUAAUCAUUAUAGACUACAAUCAAAAUACUAAAGCAAUAGAUAACAUCGAUCUACUCAUUACACACCUAGAGCGACGAAAAUGAUAUAUGCAUUAUCUGCAUUCGAGAAGUAUGACUAUCUACAUAUAUCAAUUCAACUAUCAUUUUAGUAUCAACCUAAUCAAACUGUUUCACUUCCAAUGAUUCAUUCAUCAACAUUAUAGUUAACCCAAAAAAACAAAUGUUAACGUAAAAAAAUACAAAUUCAGAAACACAAAACCACACAACGCAUCGACAACAUAUCCAACCCCGCGCUUGCGCGGGGGCUAUGCCACUAGUAUUAUUAGUCUACGAGUUAGUCCUCAACUCCUCAUAUAAUAUAACUGCGUCAGACUUAAUUAUGACUAAACCUGCCACAGUCAGAGAAAGACUGCCAUUUUCUCAGUCGUGACGUGACUAAGAGUUUCGAUUGUUCUUGUCGCUGCUACAGAAGCUAUGGCGAGGAGACAUGGCUGGCAACUUCCCGCUGACACUCUUCAGGUGAUUGGUGUUACCGUGUUUUGCUUGUUGGUGGUCGCUUACUAUGCUUUCUUCGCUCCUUUCGCCGGAGGACGCGUUUGGGAACACGUUUUGAUCGGUGUCUACUCUCCGGUGGUAUGUUAGCUUUAUACUUCCAUAAAGCUCUUCUUGUGUUUGAUGGAUUAUGCGUAUCUGCAGGCUCUUCUUGUAUUCGUUCUCUAUGUUCGGUGUACUUCUAUUAAUCCUGCAGAUAUGUCGAUAUUUGACUUGCCUCAUCCCUUAUCGGCCAGAGAUAUCUCCAGGGACUUUAAUGAAACUGGCAGUCAGUUGCGGUCUUGUCCUAGUUCAGGUGUCUCAAUGAGUUCUACCUUAGCAAUAAACUCUAGUGUCAGAGGUUCUGUGGGAGAUGAUGAAAGAGUGGACUCGGUUACUAGAAAAUCUUGCUAUAAUCCUCUGGCUAUCCUCUGUUGUGCGUUUGUUCUUGAUGACUGCUGGAAACAGGAAGAAGAACAGGGAAAUAGCAGAGUGGGUUUAUAUUGUAGGUUUUGCAAUUCUGAGGUACAUAAAUCCAGCAAGCAUUGUAGGAGCUGUGACAAAUGUGUUGUUGGGUUCGAUCACCAUUGCAAGUGGCUUAACAAUUGUGUCGGCCGCAAAAACUACAUGAGUUUUGUAUCGCUGAUGACUGCCACCCUUCUUUGGCUCAUUAUUGAAGCAGCAGUGGGAGUUGCAGUGAUUGUGCGUGUAUUUGCUGAUAAGAAGAGAAUGGAGACAGAAAUUGUCAAUAGACUCGGAAGCGGCUUCUCUCGAGCACCUCUUGCGGCAGUUGUUGGUGUUUGCACUGUUGUUACCAUUCCGGCAUGUUAUCAUCUGAGCCAUCUUCUCUUUUUCCACACGUUGCUCAUUAAAAAGGGACUUACAACAUAUGAUUAUUUACUGGCAAUGAGAGCCAUGAGCGAAGCUCCAGCUGGAGUAUCUGUUGACGAGGAGAUUCAGAGUGUGCUCUACUCUCCAACCGGGUCCGCCACAACCGGCUUUAGUGGUGGAAGCUCUCUCGGUCUAUCAUACAAAAAGGGAGUCUGGUGCACUCCACCUAGAGUGUUUGAUAAUCAGGAUGAAGUCAUUCCCCAACUAGACUCUCACAUGGUCCCGUCAACCGUGGAUCCAGAUGCAGCAGAGAAAGGCAUCAAGGCUCCCAAAAGACCAGUCAGACGUAGUGCAUGGAAGCUAGCGAAGCUGGACGCAAAUGAAGCUGCAAGGGCAGCUGCUAGAGCCAGAGCAUCUUCAUCUGUCCUAAGACCAAUAGACAAUCCCCAUUUACCUGAUUAUGAACUUAGUUCCAUUGGCACGGUUAGUGUCAUAAGCACAGAUGCACAAGUGGCUGCAAGGAAAGAGAUACGGAACAAUGAUUUAAAGUCAUCUCUCUCUAGAAACUCGCUUGCUGCACCAAGUCAAAGUAGUCCAAGACAUGUUCAUGAAGAGUCAGUCAAACUUGCUCCUCUCCCUCAAUAUUCUACAGUAAGUGGACAUCGCUUCUCUGCAACAACAACACAUCACAUGCACAGAGGACACUUGUUUCUCUCUGCUCCUUCAACUUCUCUUCCGAGAGAUGUGAGAAAGACAUCAUCAGUUGUUUGGGAUCCUGAAGCCGGGAGAUACGUUUCAUCAGCUCUUGUAACGACAAUGCCUGAAGUCCGCAGUAGGAAUCCAAGAACCAUUCUUCCACCUCAAGAUCCAUCUUCUGUAUCAUCAGCGCUAAAGGCUCAUCUUCCUCUUCUGCAGCAAGGCGAGAGAAGACUGGUAUAUACAGGUGACUCUAUCUUCUUUGGAGGACCUCUGGUUAAUAUACCGACAAGAAAUAACCAGAGAAGUGAAGGGGGCUUAGUAAGAGAAAGACAAGAAAGAUUGGCAUCGACACUUCAUCAUCAAGAUGCAAGAUACAUAAGAGAUUCCACCUCACACCAGCUUCCAGUGUUUGCCCCUGCACUUUGA